AUGGCUUGUCUUCGAACUUACAGGCCGAUACUGUUGAUCUUAUGGAUUACUGGAUCCAUAUCGAAUGCCCACCAAACAAUUGGACUAGGCGACAAUACACCCAAGGGCGCUGUGGUCGCUGGAAAUGUCCUUGGAGACCCGUUUAGCGUCUCCUCUGGUAGUCAAGAUGGUACAGUCACCUACGCACUGCUCAAAACCCCAGUAAACACCUACUUUCGUGUUGACGAGCGAACGGGUGAGCUGGUGACACGUCGGGUGGUUGAUCGGGACAUGUUGUGUCAUGACUCCGGUCUCUGCUGUGCCCACGCUUCCCAGGCCUCCCAGCUAUCGCGACUGAGCGCCACUCGGAGCGCUGACAAUGGAGAAUUGGGCACAGUGUGUGUGCUCAGGCUAGAUGUGGCAGUCACGGCGGGGCAUCAUCGGGGCUCGGUUCCUUCUACACAUCAGGUUUUCAUUGAAGUUAAGGAUGAAAAUGACCACGCCCCAACUUUCAUCGUUCCAGAACUUGAUUCGAAGGGCAUCCAUUACACGGAAACACUGAGAGGCCACACUAACGGUGCUGGCAAUCCGACUCCUUUGCUUAUCCUUAACAUCUCAGAAGCGGCUCAAGUGGGAACUCAUAGGCUGCCCCUUCCUCUGGCAACUGACCUUGACGCCCCUCCUUUCAACGUACAGAGAUAUGUCUUUGAACAAGGAAGAAGUCAGUCUUAUUCGUCCUCCACGUACCCUGAAAAGUACUUUAAGUUAGAGGUACAAAAGCGCGAGCCGAAUUCUUCACCUCAUUUCGAAACGGACGCACCAAUAACAGGUCUCAGUCUCCUACUUAUCGCACCGCUUGAUCGUGAAAGCCAUCAGCUAUUCGAAUUCCGAGUGCUGGCGAUUGACGGAGGCUCACCAACUCCUCGUACAGGAACAUUGUCGGUUAGAAUUAGGGUGACUGAUGUGAACGACCACGAGCCAAGUUUUGAACGUUCUACUUAUGAAAUCAGCGUGGAGGAAGGCCACGUCUCAGACGACAAGCCCAUUCUUAAGGUUGUAGCUCGUGACGAGGACGAGGGUGUCAACGCCCAAAUACACUACUCCUGGUUCCACGAUUACGAGCGCUUCGGUCCAGACACCAAACUCCUGAGCCGCCUCCUCACUGAUGAGGAGGUAGCCGCAACGCUCGGGAGUCCAGUCUCACCGGAGCGACUGGCUCGGCUGCAGGCUCUGCCCACGUUUUGGUUCAGACUGGAUGAACGCACUGGCGAGAUCUUCGUGCAUCGGCCCCUGGAUUACGAAGUCAAACGGGGCUUUGUCUUCACGGUGCUUGCAACAAACCCCGAUGUUAACGACGACGGUUCAGGAGGUGGAAGCUCUGCCAAAAAGCCACCAAAAAACUCUUCGUCCACAACUAAAGUGACAAUUAAUGUCAUUAACCUGAAUGACGAAGCACCCCAAAUCAGCAUAGAUUACGUUACCAAUAGUGAAGCCGUGAAGCACAAGCAAGUGAUGGAGAAUGGCUCGCCGGAUCAUUUCAUUGCUCUGAUUCGUGCUACCGACGCCGACGCGGGCUCUACAGGGGCAGUCUCUUCGCCCGAUGAUCCAUACAUACCCCAAUCAUCGGAAUUCGUUUUCGAGAAUGCCCACGGGGGAGGAAGAAGGAUGAACUUUCACCGAACCCCGCAAUCUACCACUGGAGGUCACGUGACUUGUGAGCUUGCAAGCCACGAAGAGAAUUACACACUCACGCUGAGAGGCCAAGUUGACACCGCCACCGGAGGCAGUGAGUAUGUCCUUAAUACAAAGACUCCUCUCGACAGGGAGCGAGAACACAGACAGUUUAUAACCAUCCGCUGUCAGGAUGAUGGUUCACCAUCGAAAACUUCAACUGCUACCGUGGAGGUUGAGAUACUGGACCAAAACGACUGUGUACCAGAGAUAACUGUCCACGCACGAGUUCCGACAUCACACAGGGCCCACCAGUCCGCUAUUGUCUCCCCUUUUCCACGAAGCCGCCUUGCAAACAUCUUUCAAAAGUCGUUUCCUGAUUGGCCCGUUUUACAGGGGUCGCCCUAUGCUGAGCACCCAUUAGUCAAUGCAUACGAAGCAGGUAUACCUGUUGUUUUGGUAAGUGUGUCGGAAAACCGGCCCCCAGACACGGUUGUUGCUUCCCUUCGCGGCGCUGACGCGGACGCCGGGGAGAACGGGCGGGUGGCCUACCGCAUCCUGAAGGAGGACCUCCGGUUGCCUCGCGUCGCUCCUGGCCCCCUUUCGGCAGACCGACGCCCCGGUCGGUACCCCGAGGUCGCCCUCGACUACAACCUCCCGCCUGUUCUCAUCCGCUCGGACACCACCUCGAUAGAUCUGUUGAAGAUGGAGCCCAACGGAGAUGUAACCACGACCAGGAUGAUUGACCGGGAACAGUCUUCACCCAUACGAGAUGAGCUGUACCUCUUUAUAGAAGUUUACGACUGGGGUCUGCCAGCCUCUCUCACAUCCUACGUUUUGUUGGCAAUUGAAAUCAAGGAUGACAACGAUAAUCCUCCCGUGUUUUUUCUCACACAAAUUAACUUUUCUGCACUCGAGAACAGCUCUGCUCCGCAACGCAUUGGAGAGAUCCUGGUCUACGACGCUGACGCUGGAGCUCCCAUGGAGGGAUAUCACGACGUUUCCGACUCUCAUCCUUCCCCACCACGUGUCAGUGAACGACCACAGUAUAUAAUCAACCUUAUUAUCAACCCUGGACACGGACUGCUAGAUUUGCCUUUUGAAAUCGUUCCCACAAAGAAUGGACGCUUCUUCCUAAAUGUCACUCGGACCUUAGAUCGUGAGGAGGAGGAGAUGUUUCGUUUUAACCUCCAGGCGUCGGACUGUGGGGGAUCCUCACACCAGUGUUACACGGCUACCGCCACUGUUAUUGUCUCGGUGGUCGAUGUGAACGACAACGCCCCCGAGAUUAUCUUUCCUAAACCAGCCACCGCAACUACUCAUGUCCAUUCCCUUUCCUAUCUAGAACAGCCCGAUACCGAAAUUCUAAGCGUCAAUGCAAAUGAUAAGGAUUCUGGGGGAGACAAUGGAAAGUUCUUUUUUGAGCUGGGUCCAGUUCCGUCAGUUCCGUGGGCAGAUCCCUCGAAGUUAGCGAGGACGGCGCUUGACGGGGACUUGUUUAAAUUGGAUGCGGUAAAGGGUCUUUUAAAAACACAACGACGAAUGACCGAAGCCGAUUUAGGGGAGCAUUGUCUGCAAUUAGUAGUUCGUGAUCUUGGAAGCCCUCCACGAGAAACACGCCAAGUAAUUCGGCUUGUUGUGGAUCGCUCCCCACCUCAAUUCGCCUCGAGCAUUCGCUUUGCAGCAAAUCCUAAAGAGUCGGCGUCUUCGGGGGCUUAUUCUGCCAGUAGCGCUGUCGGUCAAAUCUAUCAACGCCAAGGUGACUUCAACGGGAGUAGUCGAAAUAUCUCUGAACUUGUGCUGGUUGUUAUUAUAAGCUUGAUGGUGGCCGGUUUCGUUGUACUCAUUGUGCUUCUCUUCCACCUAAGACGUCAUCAAAAGCUUUUUCCAUGUCUUCCUGACUUUUGCGCGGUGUUCCAGAGGGGAGUCUCGUCCGCAAACCCAUACAGCAGCCCGGAGUACGUAAGCAGGUCAAAGAACGUAAAAGAUGCGUGUGCAACAGGCGUGAAAGAUCUGGUGCUGCCCGGUCGCAUUGAAGUUUCCCUACCUCCUCCUUCUCUUCCGCCGGGGGCCUCCGGAGAGUUCGUCAUUACUGGUUCCAAGUGUCAGCAUGCACGCGGCGGUAGUGCUGGGGGCGGCAGCGGCUGUGGCGCUCUUGUCUCACUUGAAAAUGAAAGUUCGUGGUGUCUCACGUCUGCCGUUGAUGGUCGUGAUUUUUGUGAGCGGCCUCCAAAGCCCUACACGGAAUGCUACCACGUGGAUCUCCCGGUAAGCCAAGCGCCACAAUCGUCUCGAAUGGUGUCGAUCCCCACAGGCACGUUUAGGCCCAUUAUGUCACCUAGCGAGGAAAUCUCCAGGUCAAAACCCAACUUCUGCAAUAUCUCAGCAAUGGGUUUUCACCCAGCCACAAUUUCUCCAGUUCACCGGUCCGAUCUUUUCGGUACAUCUGAUCGAUAUGGCGAAUCUGUACACCUACCAUCACUCUACGUCCAGUCACGGGACAUCGUUGACCCCCAUCAUUAUCAAUCUCUCGUGCCCAUCAUUCAAUCCGCUGCUGAUGCUGUGGUGGUCCGCUAUCCAGACGUCCCUCAACAACGUCAAAAAACAAAUCGGACGAAGCUCGCAAGCAAUUCUACACCUUCACAAGGCAGCUGCGACUUUUUAACCUUCUCAGGCAGCCUUGGAAGCAAUCAAGUUGCGAAAAACUCAAACCAUUACAAAUCUGAACCAGAGCUAGCUGUGUGCGACAGUCUUGAAACUAAUGCCGAUAACGAGCUGGUCGCGAUCGGCAAUGACGCCUUGUCGGAACAUUACCCCAGACUUAAAGCCAAAUCGGUUAUUGUGAGUCAACAAGGGAGAUCUACCCUGGCAACAGAUCAAGGGAUAGGCACUUCAUUUCAGCAGCCCGUUGAAAAUUAUGCCAUUUCUUUCCCCAAACCACAGGCUAGUUAUGUUUGA